GCCAACACGCUUUUGCCAUAUUUAUAACAAAAGUUGCUAAUUUAGGCAAGUUGCUCAGCGUUUCACAGCUGCGAAUGCAUGUCGACCGCAAGCGCAACAAGAACAAGUGAAAUAUCUUGAAUAUUUGGACGAGCGCCAAAGACUGCAGCAUUGAACUGCAUUACAUGCAACAAAAAGAAAAGUGGAAACAGAAAACAGCGUGAGAAGUAGCACACCUGGUUACAGCUUAUCACAGCUGCUUAGCCCUAGGUAAACAAUAGCUCAAGUGUAUUAUCAUCAAGUGGCAGCGGCAAAGGCAGCGCAUAAAAAAUUAAAGACAAGAUAGAGGCUAAGCCAGCAGGAAGCGAACAGCAAACGCAAAAAGUUUACGUAAGCAGGUGCCUGUCAAAAUGGCUCAAGAAUUAGUGCACAUCGAUGUGGACAAGCCGCUGUUUGACCUCAAAACGUUUACGGGUCGCUUUCAGUACUAUGCCUGGAUGACGGAUCCGCGCACUGUGCUGCUCUCCAGCGAUAGACUGCUGCAGGCCAAGCAGAUGAUAGACAAAUGCCGCGCAGGUGAGCAGCCGGUGUCGCUGCAGCCGCAGGAAGUGAAGUACAACAUGAAGUUGUAUAGCUCUGCCUUUCAUCCGGAUACGGGCGAGCUGCAGAACUUUGCCGGUCGCAUGAGCUUUCAGGUGCCCGGUGGCAUGCUCAUCACGGGUGGCAUGUUGGCCUUCUAUCGUACGGUGCCCGCCGUAGUGCUUUGGCAGUUUAUCAAUCAAUCGUUCAAUGCUGUCGUUAACUACACAAAUCGCAAUGCCAACUCGCCGACAAGUGUAAAGCAACUGGGCAUAUCCUAUGCAAUGGCGACCACCUCAGCGCUGGUGGCAGCCAUAGGCUGCAAGAACUAUUGGUCCAGAAAAGCGCCACCGCUCUUCCAGCGCUUUGUGCCGUUUGCUGCAGUGGCAGCAGCCAAUUGUGUCAACAUUCCGUUUAUGCGGCAAACAGAAAUACUCAAUGGCAUCGAUGUGAAGAACAGCGAUGGCGAAGUAGUGGGCCAGAGCAGACUGGCGGCCAUUAAGGGCAUCAGCGAGGUGGUGCUAUCGAGAAUCACCAUGGCAGCGCCUGGGAUGCUGGUGCUGCCCUUCAUAAUGCAGCGACUGGAAAAGUGGCCCGUCUACAACCGCAUCAAGUGGAUAAAUGCGCCAUUCCAAACGCUCAUGGUGGGCUGCUUCUUGUGCUUUAUGGUGCCCACUGCGUGCGCGCUGUUUCCACAACAAUGUGGACUGGACAGCUCCACAAUGCGCCGCUUUGAGCCAGAGCUGUAUGAGCAAAUGGAGCAGCGCACGCAGGGCAAUGUGCCCAAGCGCGUCUACUUCAACAAAGGACUAUGAAUUAGCCAGAGCAGAGGCUUCAAACAGGACAAUAAGUCAAUUAGUUGCUUAGGCAUUUAGUAAAGAGCGCAACAGCUACGAAUUGUUCCUUGUUUAAACAGCAGAGCUAUUAGUUAUUAAGCCAGAAAGUAUCUCACAACUUGCAUAUGUGUCUCAAGUAUUGUACAACAAUAAUUUAUAAUCUUUGUUGCCACUAGUCCAAAAUGCCAUAGAACAAAUUUUACAUUUACAAACAAUUCCGUGUGCUUAUCGUUCAAAAUAAAUGUUGUUAAUUGAAAUCGA